ACCAUCCUGGUGCUUGCUGCUCGACCUCAAGCCCUUUCUUGCGUUUCGUACUUACCCAAGCUUGGUGACAACACUCGACUGAAUAUCUGACACUCUCAAACAAUCAUGGAUGUUCCGCUGAAGGAGUUGGCCAAGCUCGAGAAGCUCGCCACCUCUUCGGCCUCAGCCAAGGGCAAGUCCGUGUCGGUAGAUGACUCCCUCGAGUCGUUACUAUAUUCCUUGCGAGAGGCGAAGGAACGUAUCCAGGCCGGUACUGCUUCACCAGACACACUGCUCAACAUAGCCAAGACUGUGGAAAGUACCCGGAAGGAUGUUGAUGACAGGCAGAAGGAGGUUUACAACUCGCUUGCGAGGUUUGGUAAGGGUUUGGAUAAGAGGUUCUUGACACCGUUGCCCUCCUAUCCUCCGUUGUUCACCUCUCCGGAAGCGACCGAUGCUCUUAACAAGACUAUUGCGCUUCACUUCCUCCGAACCGGACAAUCCAAUAUUGCAGAAACGUUCAUUGAGGAAUCAGGUGUAGAGGUCCCCUCGGACAUGCGAACGAAUUUCGCAGAGCUCCAUCGCAUUAUUACUGCGCUUAGGCAACAGGAUAUUGCCCCAGCCCUAGAAUGGACUGAACGUAACCGCCAGUUCUUGCGAGUGAGGUCCUCAGGGUUGGAGUUCUUGUUGCACCGUUCCCAAUAUAUCCGUCUUCUUCUUUCAUCACAUCCUCCCAACUUUGCUGUUGCAUUGGCUUACGCCAAAGCCAAGCUUUUGCCCUUCUACGACGACUACGGCGCCGAAAUCAACAGGCUCAUAAACUGCAUGUCGUACCUGCCCCUCUCGCGCUUGCAGACGUCGCCAUACGCAUACCUUGCAUCACCCUCUUUACACUUCGACUUGGAACCCAUGUUUGCCAAGGAGUAUUGUGCCAGUUUGGGUAUGAGUAGACAGGUCCCUCUCCGAGUUGUCGGCGACAUCGGUGGAGGUGGCGCAUUGGCUCGUAUCGAGAAGGGUCGGAAGGUUAUGCGGGAAAGGAAGAGUGAAUGGAGUCAGACGGAUGAGUUGCCGAUCGAGAUACCCCUUCCUCCCGAGAACAGAUAUCACUCGAUAUUUGCGUGUCCAGUGUCGAAGGAGCAGUCCACAGAUGCCAAUCCUCCCAUGAUGAUGAACUGUGGUCAUGUCAUCACCAAGGACAGUUUGGAGAAACUUACCAAAGCUACGGGACGCGUCAAAUGUCCGUACUGUCCUGCAGAAUCCCAGGCUAAUCAAGCUGUGCGGGUGCACUUUUGAGAAUCUGGCGUUAGGAGUAGGUGUAAGAUAGUUAGUAUUCUGUAGCAAUUCGGAUAUGGAUGUAUUCUAUGUGUACAGUACAAGAUAUUUCACCUCACAUUUUCAUCUCGGAUUUCUGGCU